UUCGCUUUAUUUGCGCUUGCGCAGACCGGCUGCUCUGACCUUCAUUCAAGUGAACAUGUUCGCAAGGACCAGCGCGGCGGUGUUCCUUCCACAAUGUGGGCAGGUCAGGAACAUGGCAACCUUGAAGGACAUCACCAUUCGGUUGAAGUCCAUCAAGAACAUUCAGAAGAUCACCAAAUCCAUGAAGAUGGUGGCAGCAGCUAAAUAUGCUAGAGCUGAUAGGGCCCUGAAGCCAGCCCGCGUCUAUGGCAGCAGUGCCAUGGCUCUCUAUGAGAAGGCUGAGAUCAAGGUUUCAGAAGACAAGAAUAAACAUCUGAUCAUUGGCGUGUCUUCUGACCGUGGGCUCUGUGGUGCCGUCCACAGCAACGUGGCCAAGGCCAUUAGGAGCGAAAUCGCCAAGCUCUCUAAAGCUGGUAAAGAGGUUAUGGUCGUAAAUGUGGGUGACAAACUCCGAGGUCUGCUUUACAGGACCCAUGGAAAUCACAUCCUGAUCAACUGUAAAGAGGUGGGCCGCAAACCUCCCACUUUCACUGAUGCUUCCAUCAUUGCCACAGAGGUUCUUGACUCUGGCUAUGAGUUCGACCAGGGAAGAAUUGUAUUCAACAGAUUCAGGUCUGUGAUUUCAUACAAGACCGAUGAGAAACCUCUUUUUUCCGUGGACUCUGUUGCAAGCUCAGAGAGCAUGGGCAUCUAUGAUGAUAUUGAUGCUGAUGUGUUGAGGAACUAUCAGGAAUUUUCUCUGGUCAACCUCAUCUACUUUGGGUUGAAGGAGUCCACCACCAGUGAGCAGAGUGCCAGGAUGACCGCUAUGGACAGCGCUAGCAAGAAUGCUUCUGAGAUGAUUGACAAGCUGACCCUGACCUUUAACCGAACUCGCCAAUCCGUCAUUACCAAGGAGCUUAUUGAGAUCAUUUCUGGAGCCGCUGCUCUAUAAGAAGCCCUUUUAUCGGUUCCUCUUGGUUUUGGUGCACAUGCCCUUCAAUUACAUGAUCUGAUGCAGAAUUCAUAAAUAUAUAUGUGCUUGUAUUUGUACAAUAUCGGAGAAAAUAAACCUCUUACAAAGAAA